AUGUUUAUUGUCGUUCUUUUUGGAGGAAUUUUAAAUACCUAUGUAUCCAAAAUUCUGUUUUUAGAUUCACAACAAGAGCUUUUCAAUCCAGACUGUAGAAAUAUCAACCUGAUUGAAAAUAUAAAGAAAAGAUGCAAAUGUCGUGAUAAGGAUAUGAUUGAUUUAGCUGACGAAAGUGGUUUGGUCAAAAGUAUGAAUGAAAGACCUAGCGAACAGUUAGCAAGCGAGUAUUUGGAAUGCCGAAAAACUUAUGUUUUGGUCGAAGUAAAACGACGUCUUGAGGGUGCCUCUGGACAUUUGUUUAAAUCAUACAAACCUCUACUGAAUGGAUUGGAUGAAUCUAAUCCAGAUUUUAUUGCUAAAAUCGCAUCUCAGAAUCGUGCGGCAGCAAACAAAGGAAACAAGUCCCCGAAACACAACUCUUCCAAUCGGCAAGCAAAAGGAAACCCAAAAGUCCAUAAAAAUCUCUCAGCAACUGUGAGUGUAUCAUCUACAACACGAUCGAAAUCGAUAAUGUACAAGAAAAGACCUUAGUUUUCCCUUUUACGACUUUUUUAACGUUAUUUAAAAAAAAUGGAGAAGUUUCUCAUUACUAUUGUAAAACAUUUGAAGUACUUCAACAUAACAAACAUCUCCAUCAUAACAGCACUAUAAAUACUUUAUUAUAACCAAAAAUUACUUCAUCAAAAUCCUAAAUAAUAACUGAUGAAAGCAAACAUGGUUAAUUACAAAAACAUCGUAGAACACAAUCACGAUGGACAAUCUAACAA